AUGUCUGAACACUCUAAUUCAAACGACUUAGAUGGCAUUUUUAACACCGAAGAAGCCUUCAUUCAAUUUGCCCAUAUAUUUUCGCAAAUUCAUCAAAGUGUUGAUUUACAAAAGGCACCAGAACACUACGAAAAAUUAUGUGACCAACUGCUAAAAAAAGCUCAAAAUGAACCGAUAAAAACUUUUCCCAUCAAUACGAGCCAAUCUCGUCUCUGGGAACGUCUCUGGGAAGCUGAGCGAAAUACUUGGAAUUUAAUUAAGCAACUGCAUAUAUCGACAUAUCCAACAGAAGUUAGUAUACCUGAAAAGCUUUAUCAAACGGAUGGUGCACUUCAAAGCGAACUUCUUGCGACAAACUUGAACUUUGCCGAAGCUUGGAUAGUACGCCAGUGGUUGCAGGACACAGCACCUACAUUUGUGCACGUUGAGACGAACCCUGAAUAUUGGUCAUAUACCAAAACACAUAUUAUGUAUAGCGUAAAGAAGUUAAGUCACAAAUACCUAGACCCAGAUGGUUCGUACAGAAACGGACAAGCCCUACAUCCCCAAGAUCAGAUUCAUGAGAAUGAGUUGGCAAAAUCAAUAUAUGAAUAUUUACGACGAGGGCAACUAGACAUUGCGUGUGAAAUCAGUAAAAAAAAUGGUCAAUCUUGGCGAGCUGCUAGUAUAAGUGGAUAUAUUGUUUAUGGGGAACAAACUGAUGAUGGUGGAGACGUUGAUUCAAUUAUUAAAAGCUCGGGUAAUAUCAAUAGACAUUUAUGGCGUGCUACCUGUUAUCAAUAUGCACAGGAGGCCGGAUUUGAUUUAUAUGAUAGAGCAACUUAUGCUGCUCUUUGUGGUGAUGUAGAUAAUGUUUUUCCCGUGUGUAGAUCUUGGGAGGAUUAUACAUGGGCAUAUUUUAAUGGACUAAUUGAGUGUCGACUUGAGCAGUAUUUUAGCCAGCGAGGUCAGCUCGGGGAAUUGGGAGAUGUUGAUUUGCCAGUUCCAACACAACUCUUGAGCCUCACUCCAGAUGAUAUAUUUCGUAAAGUUGAGGCUCGUCAAACGGACAGGGAUCCUCAAAUGGCACUUUUUCAUAAGAUUCAAAAACUCUUUAUUUUAAAUAAACCAGAUGAAAUUGUUAAAUGCUUAAAAGAAGAGUUGCUAGAUAAACAGCUAAGUUAUGAUGACAGUGCUUCUUAUUCUCAUAUUCUGCGCUUCGCAGCUCAUUUUGUGCUAUUUUUACGGGAUCUUAUUCCUCCAACUCCAGAGAAGGAAUCUGAUGAUUUGAUUAAGACUUACACCGAAUUAUUAAUUGAUUUCAAGCAGGAUUCUAUUAUUGCUUUGUAUGCUUCAAAAUUACCUAGAGAAAUGUCAAUUGAAACCUACGCCUUGUUUUUGAAAAAUAUAACGGGAAGUUAUGAUGAACGGUUUUAUUUUUAUAAUUUGGCUGAAAAGCAUGGCCUAGAUGUUACAGCAAUAGCUAGAAGAACAUCCGAUUUGACAUUAGAAGAAUACUUGAAAGAGGAGAGAUAUGCAAAUGCCCUCUAUCUAAGAAUUGCAUCUCUCAGUGAUCCAGUUGAUCCCAAGGAUAUAGUACUCAUUCGUGGAUUAGAAUGGUUGACAUUCAAUAAAAACCAAGUAGUUGAAGCCAUGGAUCGUGCUAAUGCUUUGUUUAGGCGAUUUCUCGCACGUGGGAAAUUGAAUGCGGUGAAUACCCUUUUGAGUUCAAUGGCUAACCCUAAAUCGCCUUUAGCAAGUUAUGAUCUUGAUAAAGAAGCAGAUGAGCACGAAGAAACAGUUGUUUAUGAGUAUUCUUUUUACCGUAACAUGUUUAAUUUCUUCACAAAAUAUGAAGAUUGGGUAAAGAUAUGGCAGGAAAAACCUCAGAGUCCGAAAUCAUUCCCUCGAGAUAUUAGUAUUAGUGAAUGGACUUUGCGAAUUAAGGAAACAACAGAUGCUUUAGAUCAGCUUUCUGAUAAAUUUCUGACCGCUUAUAUAACAAACCCUGAAUUUGAUGAAGAUAAAAUUAUCACGGAAGAAGAGGAAAGAAGGAUACAAGAAUUGCAACGGGUAUCUGAUAUUUAUAUUCCGGAAGUCAUUCUUCGUUUACAUCAUGUAUAUUUUAAAACACGUGGUAUUAUUCCUGGCAAUUUGGACAAGAGCCUUCAACUAGCUGAUCUAGUAGCCGAUGAAAGUCGACAUUUAUAUAUGCAUUUCCGACGUUCGAAGAAACUGCCCGUACUUUUAACGAUGUUACGUGACUCUUACCUUGAGAUCACGAGAGAAAAUCCAGAUGAUAUUAUUGUUCAUUGUUAA